AUGAAAAUCGUACCAGUGAAAAAAGAGACACAGACACCUUACUUGAGCAAGCGGAGGUCUGUAAGGGUGCGCGGCAGCCGGAGCAUCUCGUACUCGGACGCCGGCAUAGUAAGGAAGAUACACAGCAGCCCGGAGCAAAAUAACAAAAAUACCCCCAUGGCCGCCGUAAACUCCCACCUCGAGAGCGGGAACCCGCUGGCCCUGUACUUCUUGUCCGUCGGGGUCUCCGCGUCGCACCUCUCGUCCUUAUCCAACACCCUAACGACGCCGGCCUCCGCCGCUGCACUCCGCGGCGCCGCCAUGGAGAUCGACGGGGAUGGCGUGGACGGAGGUCGCAAUCGGUUGUUGGGCAGCGAUGAGCGGCUGAGAAUUUCCAACACUCAUGAGAAUUGUUUGCUACAGCUAGUGAAAGAUCCAAAGCAAGAAAAGGGAUUAAAUGAAAAAUUAUAUCAAGCUGAAUUGAAAAUAAAAUUGAAAUUGCAAAAAAAGUUGGGAUUUUUAUCAAUGGGAUUGAAAAAAAUUUGA